AUGGUUUCCUAUCCCGACUCGCAAGGCGCAGAGCGCUCGCUCGCCAUCCGCCGCCCGCCCUCCGUCACCUCGCACUCGUCCCGCGCCUCGACCGUUCGGAGACAUCGCCCGCACCGCUCGCAUUUUGGUGGCUCCUCGUACCAGCCACAAAACGAGUUUCCCGUGUUUACGCACACUGGAGAUGUCGAGAUACUGAUCUCCAAUGGAAGGAAAGAGCAGCGCUACCUGCUCCACAAGCUCAUUUUGGCGCAAUGCUCCGGCUUUUUUGAGGCGGGACUGAGUGACGAGUGGGCGACGGCCGGUGGGAGCAGCGCGCCGAAUGCAAGCUCGGCAGCACUGGCGAGGGUCCCGCAUGGCGCUCUACAGGAAAAGAAGGUGUGGAAGUACGAGCUCGAUUGGGGCAGGGACGACGAGCUUCCUAUGCUGAUACAAAAGAAAGCGCAGCCCACAUUGUUCGGAGGUGAUACAGCGGCCUCGCAACCGCCAGUGCUCCGUAAUAAGCCGCCAGCUCCCCAAGCAGGCUUCUUCCGCAGUAUGGCCAAUUUUUCUUCCCUCCAUGUGCCCACGACUCCCAGCGACCCCGACGACGACACCUUCCGAGACUACGACAACCUGCUCCGCGUCUUCUAUAAUUACCCACCAGCCUUAGACCCGGUUAACAUUGCGAAUGCAUACGUCGAAUGCAAAUCGCUCCUUCAAAUCGGCGACAUGUACGAUGCACUUGACGUGAUAGGGCCGCGGGUAGAUCACCAUCUGCUACGGUUCCAGGGUCGGCUGUGGAAGCAGAUUGCUAAAUACCCUCCAAGCUACCUCAAGCUGGGCUACAUGGCGCGGAGCAAGGCGAUAUUUUCAGAAGCCAUGGUGCACGUGGUGGGGCAGUGGCCGCAGGGCAUGAAUCAGCUGAGAGGACAAGUCGCAGAGUCUGUACUGGAGCUGGUGGAAGACAAAGUGGACGAGAUGGAUGAGCUGAAGGCAAAGGUCGAGGUCAAACUGUUCCGGCUCACACUUACAACGAGCAGAGGUGAGCGGGUCACACCCUCGAACAACUGGCUGGAAUGGAUGGCAAUAUCCCUCUUCCGACAAUGGCUCGCAGAAAACACCACGCCCCCACCCGCGCCGAUUCUGAAAUCUCCACGCCAACCUUCGCGAAAUGGAGAGAAUGCGCCUUUGCCUCCGCCUCCCCCUUUCAAUACUGGACGAAUAUUCAAAUUACUCGGCACUGGUGGAUCCAGCUACCUAGGCCACGACGAGUGCAAGCGUUUCCUCAAGCUGAGUCCCGAACACUACAAUCGCGACAAUCUGAAGCGUUUCGAAAGACGUAUUGAAGAGAUCAAGAAUAAGGCGAAAGACGCUGUAAAACCUCUUAUGAGAAAUUUCCUCGAACUGGAUCUUAGAGAAGGUGGUUUGCCAUAUUUAACAUGUACCCGCAUCGACCCACAGGAUUUCCCGUGGGAUGAGUAG